ACUUAAAAAAAUAGAGCCAUCAUAAUUACUGUGUGAUUAGUUGAUUACUGUUCAAAUCAUGCCCGUGUAGAAUGGUAUCAAGAAUACUGGCUGCAUGGCUGGACUGGACAGCCAGGCUGAUCCUUUGCGCAAAAUCCUUUCAAGUUUCAAGUUGAAUUUGACAUUAUUCUCAAUACAACAUCAACACUGCGAACCGUGAACAAUUCGUACAUAAAUGUAAUUUAUAUGAAUAAUAAUUGUAUGUGGAAAGAAUAGAUUCAAGAAUAAUUAUAAUGUUGAGCAAAAAUAUUGAGAUAAAAGUUAGGACUGAACUGAAGUUGUUGAAGAUCAUUGAACUUUGAUUGAACUAGUUCGUCCGAAGUUGCUGAUAUUUGCGAACGACGCAUGCGCAUUCGUCACAUCGCAGCACUUAGAAAAUUGCGUUCGGCCGGCCAGCCUCAUGUUAUCUCGAACGGGUCUCGAAUAAACGGCGUAUACGUAGACAAAAUGAGUGUUGAAAAUCCUGCAAGCGAUAAUGAUUGUGAUGCAGGAAAGGUAAAUGGGAAUAAAAGUGAACACGUGAAUGGUAUUCACAAUGGCUAUAGCAGCUCAGAGAAGCACAAAAGUAGCCACAAAUCGUCAAGCAAGGAUAAACACCGAGAUAAAGACAGAGACCACAAGAGCUCUUCAAAACAUAGUAGCAGUUCAAGCAGGGAUAAAGACAAAGAUAAACAUUCUAGCAGCAGAAGUCAUAGCAGCUCUCACAAGUCCUCUAGCAAAGACAAAGAGCGUGAUAAGGAUCGUGACAAACAUAAAGAAAAGGAUUGCUCAGACAAGGACAAGGUACGGAGUGACAAGGACAAAGAUAGAGAGAAACACAGGAGUGACAAGGACAAGCACAGGGACAAAGACAAAGAGAGAAGUGAUAAAGACAAGCACAGAUCAAGUGAUGGUGAUAAAAAGUCAUCAUCCUCUAAAGACAAGGAACACAAAUCAAAGGACAGAGACAAAGAUCGUGACAAGGACCGCCACAGGAGUGAUAAGGACAAACACCGCAGUGAUAAAGACAGGCACUCCAGUUCUAAAGAUAAACACAGUUCCAGUAGACACAAGGAAAAAAGUAGCAGUGAGAAGCCAGAAAAAAUCAAAUCGGAGCCAGAUCAUGAUAGUUCUGCUGUCAAACAGGAACCCAUGGAGGUAGAAGAGCCCAAAAUAGAAAGAGAGGUCAAAAAAGUCGAGAAAAUCAAAAAUGAAAUUGACGAUGACGGAUACUUGGAUGUGAAUACCACAGCUUCUUCAUGUGACUUCUCAGUGCCACAGUUCAAGGAAGACCCACUGUCGGAACUGCCCCCAGAUGAUGACAGUGCUUCUGAUGAAGAAGGUGCAGAAGAAGAUGUCCCUCUGUCCAAACGGGUGGCCCAUGUGCCCAAAAAGAGAGCCGCCAGUGAAAGUGAAGAAGACACCCCUCUGCUACAACGCAAGAAAACUAAAAAGAAGGUCAAGAAAGAUGUAUUUGAUGAUGAUGACGAUGAAGAAGAAGCUCCUAAAAAGAAGAAGAAGAAAAAGCCAGAGAAAAGUAAAUCUAACAGGAGCAUUAAGACUGAACCAGAAGAAGGCCCCAGUCCGACCAAACGCAAGAAGAAAGGAGAGGAGGAAGAACAGGAAGUUUGGAAGUGGUGGGAGGAAUCUAAAAAGGAUGAUGGUACUAAAUGGACUUUCCUGGAACAUAAAGGACCUCUCUUUGCACCUCCGUAUGAACCAUUGCCUCAAAAUGUGAAGUUCCGCUAUGACGGCAAAGUGAUGAGGCUCUCCCAAGAUGCAGAGGAAGUGGCAGGCUUCUAUGCGCGAAUGUUAGACCACGACUACACCACCAAGUCAGUAUUUAAUAACAACUUUUUCACCGAUUGGAAGAAAGUCAUGACACAUGAUGAAGCAAAGACUAUCAAGGAUCUCUCGAAAUGCGACUUUAAAGAGAUGCAGCAAUAUUUUCUAAGUGUAUCAGAAAAAAAUAAGAACCGUUCAAAAGAAGAGAAAGCUGCUCUCAAAGCGAAAAAUGAAGAAAUCCAAAAAGAGUACGGCUUCUGCACAAUAGAUGGACACAAGGAAAAAAUUGGCAAUUUCAGAAUAGAACCUCCGGGGCUGUUCAGGGGACGCGGAGAACAUCCUAAGAUGGGGAUGUUGAAAAGACGUGUCAUGCCGGAGGAUGUUCUUAUAAACUGUUCGAAAGAUAGCAAAGUACCGAAACCACCUCCAGGUCACAAAUGGAGAGAAGUGAGGCACGAUAAUUCAGUUACCUGGUUGGCGUCUUGGACGGAAAACGUCCAAGGGCAAGCCAAAUACGUCAUGUUAAACCCUAGUUCUAAGUUAAAGGGAGAAAAAGAUUGGCAGAAGUAUGAAACGGCUAGAAAACUGCACAAAUGUAUUGAUAAAAUUCGGGAUACAUACAGGGCGGACUGGAAAGCGAAGGAAAUGCGUAUCCGGCAGCGUGCCGUCGCUCUAUACUUUAUCGAUCGUUUAGCGUUGAGAGCUGGUAACGAAAAGGACGAUGACCAAGCAGACACCGUAGGCUGCUGUUCCUUACGCGUUGAACACAUAGAGUUGCACAAAGAGAAAGACGGAAAAGAAUAUGUCGUAGUUUUCGACUUUCUGGGUAAAGAUUCUAUUAGAUAUUACAACGAGGUGCCAGUGGAGAAAAGAGUAUUCAAGAAUCUCGAGCACUUCAUGGAGAAUAAAAAAGAUAGCGAUGAUCUCUUUGACCGAUUGACAACUCAAACGUUAAAUGAGCAUUUGAAGGAAUUAAUGCCCGGAUUGACCGCCAAAGUCUUCCGUACUUACAACGCGUCUAUAACGUUGCAGAGGCAACUGGAUGAACUCACAGACCCAGAUGCUUCUCUACCAGAGAAAAUAUUAGCAUACAACAGAGCGAACCGCGCCGUCGCCAUACUGUGUAACCAUCAGCGUGCUGUUCCUAAAGGUCACUCGAAGUCAAUGGAAGCUCUCAAGGAUAAAAUUCAGGCUAAACGCGAUCAAAUCGAUGAAGCUGAAUCAGACCUACACGAUGCAAUGAAGGCCGCCAAGCGAGGCUCCGUCAAAGAGAAGCUAAAUGCAGACAAGAAGAAGAAGGCCCUGGAGCGCCUCAAGGAGCAGCUGAAGAAGCUGGAGGUGCAGGAGACGGAUCGCGACGAGAACAAAACGAUCGCUCUCGGCACUUCCAAGCUCAAUUAUCUAGACCCACGUAUCUCAGUGUCAUGGUGUAAAAAACAUGGUGUCCCCAUAGAAAAGAUUUACAACAAAACACAGCGCGACAAAUUCCGUUGGGCGAUCGACAUGGCCGGCCCCGACUACGUUUUCUAAGUUAAACUUUAGCAUUAGCUAUAUUAUACUUUAUACAUAAUAUUUUUUCAAAUCUGCAGACGUUCCACAUUAUACAAUUGUUUACGUGAAUCAUUAUUUAUUGUUUUAUAAAGUUAACCGGAGUUCCCAAAUUGGUGGAUUGUGAAGAAAUGAAAAAAUUCGAUGUGCUUAUGUAUUCUGUUCCUUGCACCUUUAGGAUCUAAAUUAGAAGUCUGAUUCUAAUUUAUUUUAGGUUACUGCUAUAGUAUGCUACUACUGUAGUAGCUAAGUUAGUCUUAUUUCAAUCUAGUUUAAGAUUGUACAAAUUUUUGCAAUCGUUUUGUGUAAGGUGUCCGUGUCUAUUUGGUUGUUUACAUUCUCUAAAUGGGCAGGUCUAAAAGCAGUGCCGUCCUUUUAUCAAUGAACAUGAAGCUUAUUUCGGUAUAAUCUACCAUAACAGACAGAAUAUAUGAUACAACAUGGAACUUGCGAUAUGCACCACCUGCCCAUCAUCUUGAUCAACCCACUGUCGAUCCACUACUUAGCACGAGUCUCCUCUUAAAAUGAGAAGACUAAGACCAUAAUCUGUCAUGCCGGCCCAGUGAGAAUUGGCAGAGUCCACCUGCCCACCCUCUACUAAAUAUGCAGCAAAAGCAAGCAAGAAAUUCUAUGGUAUGGUAAUCAAGUCACUUCACUGUUUUUUCGGAAACUUUCUUUUUCGACUUAGUACCAUCUCGACUUCCACGGCAUAAUACAGAACACUACACAAAUCUAAAACAUUUACGUUUCAGCAUCUUCAGGUUAUAUAAUAUUGAUUUUACAACAAAGCACUUUAAAUACACUAGCGCUUGGCUGCAAUCAGACCUGCUAGCAAGUGUUGAUGCAUUCUAAGAUGGAGGGUGUUUGCCUAGAACUUGCCUAUUCACCCUUGACUUGAAGGUACCCAUAUUAAAAGUGUCUAAUUGCAUAACUUUGCCAAGUGUUCAUCCUCAGAGAAUAUUGACCCUACAACGCAUUAGUAAACGCCAAAAUACUCAACAUCUACUGAAGAUGCACUGGCAAAGUAACUUUGUAAAUUGUGCAAAAGCAAAGCAUACCUAAGAUGUUUUAGAAAGUUUUUGGUUGUGCACAUUGCUUGUUUUUCCUGAAGGUUUAUUAUUGGGAGGGCGGGCGGUGCAUUUUGGCGGAUUAUAGAGAAUUAAGCUUGAUGUUAUUAAGCCCUACUUGUAAACCUGUCAGUCCAGAGAUUGUGCACAAGCAAAUCAGCACCAUAGUCACGUUUCAUUGUAAGAGAUGUGUAAGAAAAUUAGUGAACCCAUUCUUUAUACAUGCUAAUAGUGUAGAAUAGAUUUUGUUAAUUUUAUGUUAAAGUGACAAAAUGCAAAAGUAGUAAUAUUGGAGUUUUAGUACAUAUACAAAUAAUUUUUGUAUAUUAUGUUAGCGAGGAGAGCUACUGUCCUCGCGCUAUCGUUUGAGUGAAGCAAUAGAGUUGUACCACCUACAACUGGCAUAGUGUAAAUUUAAAAUGUAUUUUUGUGCACAAUGUGCAGUAGCAAAUGUUGUAAAUUAAGAUACGAAGUUAUUUUAUUUUUUAUAACCAUAGGACCGAAAAUCUUGGAUGUAAAAUCGACAGCGUAAAGAAGAGAAGGUACAAUAUAGGUGAAAUUUGUAAUAUUACAGUGAUGUGUGAGUCUUGUAAAUAGUAAAUUUUUACCAUGUCAUAUGAAUUGUGAAAUGAGAUUAUCCAAAUAAAAAACAAGACACUAGA